CUGUCCUAGUUACAGGAGCCUUCUCUCACACACUUGCUGCUCUCACAUGCCCUCUCACUUGGAUAGCACACAGUCUCUCAAACACCAAACUCUUCCAUCAUAAACUCUUACUGCUGCUUGUGUAUCGUUUAGUUUCUGAUAGGUUAACACACAAAUCUGGCACUACCAUUGCUUGAAGAUAGUUUAUAAAAGAAGAUCUUCCAGGUGACCUGACCUGUGCGUCCAGCUUCAUCCAACUUCAGAAGGAUCCUUGGCGGGUAGGAAUUAAGGCACCACACUGACCCGCCAUGUUUCUGGUUCUGGUGGUUACAGAGGAGCUGAGGGAGUUCCUGGCCCGGGCACGAAGUGGAACCGGUCGCCUCAUCCAGGUGUUGAUCAGAGACGAGCAGCUGGUGCUGGGGGCAUAUAGAGAACCGCGUCAAAGCUGGGAAAAAGACUAUGACCACUUCCUGCUCCCCCUGCUGGACCCUCUCGAGCCCUGCUACAUUUUAUACCGGUUGGACUCUAAGAACGCUCAAGGCUAUGAGUGGCUCUUCAUCUCCUGGUCACCUGACCAGUCUCCUGUCCGACACAAGAUGCUGUAUGCUGCCACUCGUGCCACAGUUAAGAAAGAGUUUGGUGGUGGACACGUCAAAGAUGAUAUGUUCGGCACAGUUGAGGAGGAUGUUUGUCUUCAGGGCUACCUGCGACAUGUGACUUCGUGUUCUGCACCAGCACCCUUGACUGCGGCCGAGCAGGAGCUACAGCGAAUCAAAAUCACAGAGGGCAGAGUUAAACAGGUGAAAACUGAGAUCAGUGUGGACCCCAAACAUCAGACUCUGCAGGGUCUUGCCUUCCCGUUACAGGUCGAGGCCAAACGUGCUCUACAGCAGCUCGCAGAGAGACGCAUUAACUACAUUCAACUAAAGUUAGAUACAGAGAAGGAAACAAUUGAACUCGUGCACACCAGCCCGACAGACAUCCGUGAUCUACCCUGCCGGAUCCCCCUGGAUACACCCAGAUACCACUUCUUCCUCUACAAACAUUCACAUGAGGGAGACUACCUCGAAUCUGUGGUGUUCAUAUACUCCAUGCCAGGAUACAGCUGCAGCAUUAAGGAAAGGAUGCUGUAUUCCAGCUGUAAGAGUCGACUUCUGGAAGAAGUAGAGAGGGACUUCCACCUAGAAGUGGCUAAAAAGUUGGAGAUAGAUAGUGGAGAGGAGCUGACAGAGGAAUAUCUGUAUGAUGAGGUCCAUCCUAAGCAGCAUGCCCACAAGCAAGCGUUCGCCAAACCUCGUGGUCCUGCAGGGAAGAGGGGAAACAAGCGUCUAAUAAAAGGAGGGGGAGAGAACGGUGGCAACCGCUAGGAAGGACAGAGAGUGAGAGCGAGAGAGAAAUGAACUUCAGUAGUACCCUAAAUGUUCCACGGUUCCAUUUUUCCACCUGUUUGCAGGCUAAUUUGUUCAUCCUGCAGGUAGAGUGAAAGAAAAAAAAUGGAAUUCUGUGCUCGGUUGUUGUUAAUUUUGAUUUUUUUUUUUUUUUUACUUUCUUUGGCUUGUAUUUAAUCAAUGUUAUCAGAUGCUUAUUCAUUUAGUGUGUUAAUGUGCAUAUAUUUAAGAGAAACACUCAGGAAUUAAUUUUAUCUCUGUAAAUUUUUCUGAGCAUAUUUUUGUUACAUAAUCUCGUACAUGCAUACACAUUCAACUCAACAAAAUUUUAAGCAUUUUAAAAGUAUUUAUUGUAAAGAUCAUAGAUCGCUCUUAUUUUAAGUGUUUUUUAAAACUCUACAAAAGACGUUUUGUCCAAGAAGCUUUUUUAACUGAAGAAACUGUCACAAAUCCAAGAACCUACAGCCAUGACAUAGAAAAGGGCACAUUCAAAUAUACUGUACAUGUAUAUAUCAGAGCCAAAUGUGACAUGCAGACAGAAUGUUAUACUUGGCUAUGUGAGAGCCAAUCAGUUGGUUAAGUAACAAAUAUGUAUGCAGGUUUAGAUGUGAUUCAGAUUCAUUUUAAUAUGAUGAUAACCUUUUAUGUGUUUUAUAGUUGCAGUUGGGUGUCUCCAUUUUUCUUACAAUACACAAACAUGUCUCAUAACUUCAUUAUUGACUUAUAUGGCCCCACAGUAUUUACUGUGAAAUAUAUAAUUUUGUGUAUAAGCUUCUGUUAGUAAUCAGAACAGUUCCAACAUAACAUUAACAUUUUUCCUGCAUUGAAAUUAUGAAUGUCUAAUUGAAUGAAUAGUUCAACAACUAGCAAUUGAAAUGUUUAAAGUCACCAUGUUAGCAAAAGGUAAAGUUGUAUCUAAACAAAAACAUGUUUAAUUAGUUUAGUGAAUUUUAUUUAUGGUUGCCCUGGACUUUGUUGACAUGGAUCAUUUAUAUUUAUCUUUGUUUUUUCCCUUUUUUUUUUGUUGUUGUCAGUGAUUAGAGUGAAAGGUCAUACACAAGAUAAAAUAUGUAAUGAAAAUACAUUUUAACUAUCAGUAAAUUAAAAUCUAAGCCCUCUCUUGCAUUGUUUAUGAAUAUACUGGUGCAUAAAUAAAAACAACUUUCACUGA